AUAUCCCGGCGCAGGCAGCGGCGGUGGCAGCACUUCUCACGGUGGAGCGUGGAGGGGGGUGGUGCUGAGCUUCUUUGCUGAGCUGGGUCUUAAUAUCUCACGACAUGUAUUUCCUUGGAUUAUUAUCUUUGCUUGUUCUGCCAAGUAAAGCCUUCAAGACAAAUUUUCCUGAUGAAACUAUUGCUGAGCUUUCUGUGAAUGUUUACAAUCAGCUACGAGCUGCAAGAGAAGAUGAGAAUAUUCUUUUCUGUCCCCUGAGCAUUGCAAUAGCCAUGGGAAUGAUAGAGCUUGGAGCCCAUGGAUCCACCUUGAAAGAAAUUCGACAUACGUUGGGUUUUGACAGCUUAAAAAAUGGUGAAGAGUUUGCCUUUCUGAAGGACCUGUCUGAUAUGGCAACUACAGAAGAAAGUCAUUACGUUUUGAAUAUGGCUAACUCUCUCUAUGUUCAAAAUGGAUUCCAUGUUAGUGAAAAAUUUUUGCAGUUGGUGAAAAAAUACUUUAAAGCUCAAGUAGAGAAUAUAGAUUUCAGCCAGAGUGCAGCUGUAGCUACCCACAUCAAUAAGUGGGUAGAGAAUCAUACCAACAAUAUGAUCAAAGAUUUUGUGUCAUCAAGAGACUUUGGUGCUCUAACUCAUUUGGUUCUCAUCAACGCAAUCUACUUUAAAGGCAAUUGGAAGUCACAGUUCAGACCUGAAAAUACAAGAACUUUUUCUUUUACUAAGGAUGAUGAAACUGAAGUGCAGAUUCCAAUGAUGUACCAGCAGGGAGAGUUUUAUUAUGGAGAGUUCAGUGAUGGCUCUAAUGAAGCAGGUGGUAUCUACCAAGUUCUAGAAAUACCAUAUGAAGGAGAUGAAAUUAGUAUGAUGAUUGUUCUUACCAGACAAGAAGUUCCACUGGUCACGUUGGAGCCACUUGUCAAAGCCUCAUUGAUUAACGAGUGGGCUAACUCAGUAAAAAAGCAAAAAGUUGAAGUAUAUUUACCAAGGUUCACAGUAGAGCAAGAAAUUGAUCUGAAAGAUGUAUUGAAAGGUCUUGGAAUUACGGAAGUGUUCAGCCAUAAUGCCGACCUCACUGCGAUGUCUGAUAAUAAAGAACUCUACCUUGCAAAGGCAUUUCAUAAGGCUUUCCUAGAAGUUAACGAGGAAGGAUCAGAAGCUGCUGCUGCCUCAGGUAUGAUUGCCAUUAGCAGAAUGGCAGUACUGUAUCCCCAAGUUAUAGUUGAUCAUCCUUUUUUCUUCCUGGUCAGAAACAGAAGAACAGGUACUGUGUUAUUCAUGGGGAGGGUGAUGCACCCUGAAGCAAUGAAUACAAGUGGCCACGACUUUGAAGAGCUUUAACUACUGCCAGCUAUAAAAUGAGGGAAAAAAAGCACAUCAAGUUUGAAGUUAAUAUAUUUAAGGUUUGCUGUGUCCCCCCCAAGAUAUUGUUUAAAAUGCUUUCAGAUCUAUGUGCAAGUCAGUUUCCAGAGAAGUUCACAGUAUUAAAAUAAUGGUUCUGUUUUUGUUAUUGUGAUUGCUGUGUCCUUGAAAUAAAAUUGUGUAUAUGUCAACAACUGUUUCUUGUUUAGUGAAUUGUAAAGUAAAAACAAAAAGUCUUGCAAAUCCAUAAUUCCUGAAUUGUUUACAGUGCAAAGACUCAGUGGAUCGAUGAGACAGGAGCACAAUGUGUUCAGCUCUGAGUAAUCAAAUGGCAAACCGUCUUGAUUUAUAGUUGAACUACAUCUGGAAAAUGUAAUCUUGUAAUAGUAAACAGACUGCAGCGUGCUGUCUCAAAGUUAAUGGAAGAAUCUAAACCUAAUGGAUUCUAUCUGAGAACUGUGAUAGACUGUGUAAACUCCAACAUGUGGCUUUAAAAUGCUGCUUUCAUGAAUGCUCCUGCAUGCAGCGCCGCGAUUCACCUUCCGUAAGUGUUGAUACCAAUAAAAUUUGAUCGCAUGAA